UCCCGCUCUGUUCCUCUGCUACUGCAACUGUAACUACAGCCCCUCCCCCCUCUGCCCAGCGCAAAGCACAAGGCUCGCGUGCGGAGUGAAGCGGAAAAAAAGUGCGAGAGAGAGGGUGAGAGAAAGAGAAAAAACACGGCUCCCGUCGUUCACGUCAAAGAUCCGGCUCUAAGAGCCAUUUUGUUCGCGACGACACAUCACUAUUCUGAAGCAGUGUGUUGAUCUUUUUGACACACGCACCGGAGCGUCAGCUUCAAGCGGACCAUCACUACCUCUCACGUCUAAAGGUAAGUGCCAAGCUGAUCAGCAGGAGGAGAAGAGUCUGACGGAGCAGCAGAGGAACAUUUACAGCUACUUGGACUCAGUUCAGCCACUACAGAGAAAACAAUGAGCUCAACACAGAAGGACCAACAUGGACCGAGAGGUCAGCGCUCUCAGGAGGCCCACAAACCUCACAGAAGAAAGAGAGAGAAAACAUACAGCUGUGACGAGUGUGGGAAGGAUUUUUCCAGGAAGGAUUCCCUAAAACGACACCAACUCAUCCACAGUGGAGUUAAAGCGUUCAGCUGUGACGAGUGUGGCAGAGCUUUUACUCAAAGUAGCAGCUUAAAGAAUCAUUUACUUACCCACUCUGGAAUUAAGGCAUACAGCUGUGACGAGUGUGGGAAGGAGUUUACUUUGAAGGCUAAACUAAAACAUCAUCAGGUCAUCCACACUGGAGAGAGACCGUUCAGCUGUGACUUGUGUGGAAAGUCUUUUUCCUUGAAGAUUUCCCUAAAAGAACACCAACUCAUCCACAGUGGAGUUAAAGCGUACAGCUGUGAUCAGUGUGGCAGAGCUUUUACUCACAGUAGCAGCUUAAAGAAUCAUUUACUUACCCACUCUGGAAUUAAGGCAUACAGCUGUGACAUCUGUGGAAAAACUUUCAGCCAGAGAGGGCACCGAAAUACACACCUACGCAUUCACACCAGACAUGAUGUGUACUGCUGUGAACAAUGCAGCAAAGAGUUUAUAACAGACGGAAGGUUACAACAACACAUGUUUACCCACACUGAGGGACGACCUUAUAAAUGUGACCUGUGUGAGAAGACUUUUAAAUCUCCACAUUACCUGAGACGACACCAACAGAUCCACACCAGAAAGAGACUCUACAAGUGCAGUUACUGUGAGAAGCAGAGCGACACAGAUGGAUCCAGUUCUCAACCCUGUCAUAACUGUGGUGGUGGGAAAGACUUUCAUUGUGACAUCUGUGGAAAAACUUUCAGUUGGCAAGUUACCCUAAAAAUACAUCAACGUAAACACACUGGAGACAAACUGAAAUACUGCAAAGAAUGUGGGAGAAGCUUCACCACAUCACGUGACUUAAAACUACAUGAACUGAUUCACAGUGGGGUUAAAAAGCACCUCUGUGAUCAGUGUGGGUCAUCCUUCACCACUGCAGGUCAGCUUAAAAUGCACAAACGAGUCCACACAGGAGAGAAACCACACAAGUGCAGACACUGUGACAAAAGCUUCUCACAAUCAGGUCAUCGUAACAGGCAUGAACCACACAAGGCUUCAUCGGGGAGUUCACUCAUGAUUGGACCAUGA